CUCCCACCCAUCUCUGCUCCACCUCACUUCAACUCAGCCUGAAAAACCCAAGAGACCAUUUAUUUGGGGUACAGGAAAAAAAGAGACUGCAUGCUGAGGGUAAGGCUUUAAAACGAAAACCUGUUUUGGAAUCAAAGCUGAAAGGUGAAUGCUAUAUUACCAUGCCAGAGUUAGGAAUGAAAAACAUUAACGUGUAUAAUAAUAAGGGGGGGGGGCGUGUGUCGCAGCCAAUUAUGCAAAGUGUUUAAAGUACUGAUAAAUGUUAGACUCUCAUCUUGACGUUCUUCCAUCAGCUCUGUUAAAUUGGGAAUGCUAGAGAGGUGCUGAGCUCCGUGAGCUCCAGUUUUCCCGUGUUUGCACAGCCUGUGCGCAGGAUUGCAGCUUUAGUCUUUAUUGCUUCUUUGCAUUCCAAAAGACAGUGGGAUUAAUCGGAGGCUGUCACCUUCAAUGCCAGGGCUUAUCCUUGCAAAAUAUGAACCAAUAAUAAAGGAGGAGGCUCUGAGCAGGUGCAGAGUUCAUUUUCCUUUCUACUUAAAUAACCACAGGUUGCUCUCAUGCGCAUCUAUGACUGGAGGACGGGCUUCUAGGUUACAGAGUAGUUUCAGAAAGCUAGCACUAAAGAGCUCGGCUAUUAAUAUCCUAAAUUCGUGAUCAAGGUCAGUUCCAAAACAUAAGCAUGUGUCCCUUUUGAGAGGACUAGUCUCUGAAAUCAGUUACAGCAGGGCAGAUCUGAAACUUCAGAGCAGAAUUAGCAGAGGUUUAUAGCCAUCUAAUCACGAGAGUGGCUCUAAUCAGGAAUUUUCAGCAGGUUCUGUGAAGCAGAAGGCAGGCGAAGAGCUUUGAGAUGUUUAAAAAAAAAAAGAAUUUAGAAGAUGGAAGAACAAACGACAGCACAGAGCUGACAGUAUUAUCACUAAUAUUGCAAACAACUGCCACGUGGUUUUGACAUGAAAACCCUUAUAAAAAGUAAUUGAUACUCCCCAAACCAGUGGCUCUCAAGCUCUUUCUCCCCAGGAAUAGCCAAGAUUCUUGUAAACUCUUAUUUUCUUCAAGGAUCUAUUUAUCUAUAGUUUGUCUAUAGCUAACUAUCAGAAUAGGAAACUACAUUGAAAGCUUUUAUGCUUCUCUUCACUUAAAAAAAAUGUCCAGGGCAGUUUACAAUAGCUCAUUAAAGACCACAAAACACCAAUAAUCAAUAUAAAUUGUCCACAGCAGUGACUUUUUAUAUGUGAAGGCUUUGAACACAUCUCAGAGUAAUCAAUACUAUUCCGCUGUGCUCUGCUGAAAUGAGCAGGAAGGGUAGGCCUUCCAGCCAAGGGUGAUGAGUUGUGUUCUGGCUUUUUAUUUUUAUUUUGUAAACUGGCGAACUGCCCUCCCUCCCAGAGCAGCCCAGGGCAGCAAAUGUCAAAAUGUUAAAACAGUACGAUUAAAAAACGACAGAUUUAACACAUUAAAAAAACUAAUUAGAACAUCUUAAAGCAGACUCAUAACCUCAUAAGUACUGUAUUAAUUUCACUGUGGCCAUGACCAGUAUCUAUCAACCAUCAGACGCCUGCGUAAACAGGAAUGUUUUGAAAUUUCUCUUAAAAGUCGAUAAUGUAGGAGACGGGCAGACCUUAUCAGGGAUCUGGUUUCACAAACAGGGACCCACCACCAAGAAGGCCCUGUCACAGAUCAACGCCAACCAGGCAGCUUCCAGACACAACAGUGGUGCUCGAGAUAGUUGAUAUGGGGGGAGCUGCUGCUUUGGGUACCUGGGUCCCAAUCCAAUUAGGCUGCCCCACCUAACAACUCAACAGCCACAUUCUGCACAAGCUAUAAUCUCUGGGUCAUUUUCAAGGGCAGCCCCAUGUAGAGAACUCUGCAGUAGUCUAAGCAGGAGGCCACCGUAGCAAGGACAUGGAGGCCAAGCUAUCCCAGUCCAGGAAAGGCCAGUGACAGGUUGGAAUUUGGUACUCCCAGAUGACAAACCUGCUCUUUCAGGGGAAAUGUACAGGUCAUACAGCCAUUUUCCAGAUACCCACUAACAGUAUAAGCCCCCAGUCAGCCUUUUCCUCCUUCCAGACCCUGGUCUAACAUCUUCACAGUCUCUCCUGAUUCAGAUGGUAUGAAGAGACAGAGCUACGCGUCUUCAGCAUACUGAUGGAUUAUGGUCCAAAUUCCUGGAUAACAGCUCCGAACAGACUCAUAGAAUCAUAGAAUCAUAGAAUCAUAGAGUUGGAAGAGACCACAAGGGCCAUCGAGUCCAACCCCCUGCCAAGCAGGAAACACCAUCAGAGCACUCCUGACAUAUGGUUGUCAAGCCUCUGCUUAAAGAUCUCCAAAGAAGGAGACUCCACCACACUCCUUGGCAGCAAAUUCCACUGUCGAACAGCUCUUACUGUCAGGAAGUUCUUCCUAAUGUUUAGGUGGAAUCUUCUUUCUUGUAGUUUGGAUCCAUUGCUCCGUGUCCGCUUCUCUGGAGCAGCAGAAAACAACCUUUCUCCCUCCUCUAUGUGACAUCCUUUUAUAUAUUUGAACAUGGCUAUCAUAUCACCCCUUAACCUCCUCUUCUCCAGGCUAAACAUGCCCAGCUCCCUUAGCCGUUCCUCAUAAGGCAUCAUUUCCAGGCCUUUGACCAUUUUGGUUGCCCUCCUCUGGACACGUUCCAGUUUGUCAGUGUCCUUCUUGAACUGUGGUGCCCAGAACUGGACACAGUACUCCAGGUGAGGUCUGACCAGAGCAGAAUACAGUGGCACUAUUACUUCCCAGUAAUAGCAUAGAUGUUAAAUGGCAUAGGAGAUAGGAGGCGCUCUUGCAAGACCCCACAGCUCAAAAGCUUCAGGGCCAAGCAACCAUCUCCUCCUCCUCCUCCUCUUUCCUGGGGACAACCCUGCAAGCAGGAGUGGAACCACUGUACUACACUGCCUCCAGGUCCUAUUCCUUCAAGUCAUUAUGAAAGGACACCAUGGUCAAUGGUGUAAAGUCUUUUGGGGCUGAUAAUUCCUGAUCUUCCAAUUUACCGGCUGGUUCCAAUGUGAAGCUCAACCAGUGGUUUCCAGGUGUGUGUGGGGGUACUGCCCCCUGGGAGCGUUAGGAUUACCUAGGGGGCGCACUAAGACACAAGGAGGUGGCAGGGAGGCACUGGAAGUGUAAAUGAUCAGACUUUGAAGAGCUGGUACGACGCUGGAUCAAAUCCACCAGUUUCACUGAAUUAAUUAAACUAAAUAGUUUUAGUUGGAUUUUGAAUAAAUGUGGCAAUUAAUUGUUACUCUUUUGAAUUCUCUUUUGAACCCAUCUUUCUUAAUGGGUUGCACUAACCACUUCUCUGAAUAAUGCUUUUUAUAGGGUGGAGUUCACUGGGGAUGAGAUUACAGAACCAAGGAGAUGGUGGCCCACUAAAUUAGGGAACUAGUGAGCUAAACCCAGUGCUCCCCCCCCCCCAUUAUAAGAAAAACUGCUCCCUUUCCCUUAUGGGGUAUUCCAGAGCCCAUAUAGAGUCCUUAAGUGGGUUCCCUAUCGGUAGGAGAAGACAGAGGCCAGCCAGAGAAUAUUGAGAAGCAAAGCGGCUAGUAAGCCUGAUCUUUAUUCAAGGAACUGUUGCAACAGGGUCCCCACUCACCACACGCAGGAGGGAGGAGAACCCCGAAGAAUGGUGCGCAAGCCCUUAUAUAGACUUUGGAAACUGCCCACCCUGUAGCCCAAGACCACCCCCCGAAACAUCAUAGAUACAUCGCAGAAGGAGGCGGUCUACAGCAGAAAUCCUGUCUGCCAGGAUGACUGAUAAUGGUCACUGAUUGCAUUAACUGGGCAGUCUGGCCAUUCUUUUAUGAUUGUUAAUACUUCAGUUCCUGAGUCCAGGUCACAGGCUCACCCUGUUGUUGUUGUUGAGUCGUGUCCGACUCUUCGUGACCCCAUGGUCCACCCUAUUCAUACACAAAUACACCCUUAAGACAGGAUUCGCAAGCAAAAAGACCAUGGGAAGGCUUUCCGCAUUCGCCUCUCUUACUGCAGAGGAAUAUUUGAGGUCAUUGGGAGAGUCAGAAUAGCUUCAGGAUUGCUCUCCCGUGGUAUUUCAGACACAUGGUUCAUAUAUUUAGAUAUGUGUGCCUUUAUGAAUAUUUAUUCUGUAUUUGAGACCUUAAAAUUCUUAUAACACCCCAUAAAAAAGCUGCUUGAAUGCACUUUGCUCAGAAGAACUACCCCAGAACUCUUCAAGCUCCUCAGAGGCCAGAGGCUUGUUGAGGCUGCUCAGCUGAGAUGCAGAGAGGUUUCUGCACCUCAGCUGAGCAGCUUAAUGGUUGUGGGGACUUGCUCAGCUGAGGCUCAGCUUUCCUGUGUGUUGUCUGAUAGCCAGGAGGCUGAAGAGCCUCAGCAAAGCCUGGCUGCACCGCCUGCUCACGGGGAGACCUUUUCCAGAACCCGUGGAGGAUGUCCCUUCAGGUUCUGUGGAGGGUCUUCUUGUGAGAUGGAGGUGCAAGCGGGGCUUUUGCUGAGGCCGAUCAAGUCUCUCCCCACACCUCCAGGGCCCGCCUGAGAAGUGCCAGAAUGCCAUUGUGCAUUCUGGCUGGAAGAAGCCCUGGCUAAACCAUAGGUUAGCGUGAGCCCUAGCAGGCCUCUUGCAUUUCCUUUCCGUCUCCAUCACCUGCCCCCUAAGAAACUGGCUUCUUUCAGUCAUGCUAAAGAACUUUAAAAAUGGUCCUUCUGUUGAAUGAUGGAUUGCCCCAUGUAGGGCAUUCAGACUGCGCAAUGUUUGCUCCUUAUUUGGGUUAUCUGUCUUUUGCUCCAACCCUUGUAAUGUUCAAGUGCUCCCGAUACAUGCAUAGUUUUUGUGCUAUGUAACUGCGCCGACAUUCUGCAAGUCAUCGCUGCAGCUAUUUUUAGAGAUUAUGUGCAUCCAAAAUACUCUCAAGAAUCAGAGCAACAGAAGUCUGGCUGUGACAGACAAACAGACGAAUGCUUUUACUGUUGUACACCGGGAAGGCUGUUGCUGCAUAUUUGCACUAAAAGUUCUGCAGAAGGAAGAUCUUGCCUUCUGAACAAUAGCUGUACAAUGCUGACGAACUGUCAGCUGAGAUCAACUCAGUGGUACAUCUUUUCCAUCACUGCAGUUUACAAGUAACAGAUGCUAGCAGAGAGGGUGCUAGAAAUCUCAGCAUGGACAAUGGAAUAUCGAGCAAUUUUCUUCACACUUGUUACUUUCUGGGUUGUUGAUGACCAGUGGCACUGAAGUAAUGGUGCAUAUUGUUAUAAGAAAAAUUUCUAUAAUUCCCUUAUGGGGUAUCUAGAGCCCGUAUAGAGUCCCUCAGUCAAUCUCUAUCAGUUGUAGAGAAAGCAGAGGCCAACCAGAGUAUAUUGAAAGCAAAGCGGCUAGUAAGCCUGAUCUUUAUUAAAGGAAAUAAACUGUUGCAACAGGGUCCCCACUCACCACACGCAGGAGGGAGGAGAACCCUGAACAAUGGUGCGCAAGCCCUUAGUCAGUGAUGGCCAAACUUGGCCCUCCAGCUGUUUUGGACUACAAUUCCCAUCAUCCCUAACUACUGGUCCUGUUAGCUAGGGAUGAUGGGAGUUGUAGUCCAAAAACCUGACUUGCGAUAAAUGUCCUCCAGACCAUUUGACAAAACGAUACAGGAGAACAAGCAACCUGCGACAGUUUGGGUCGGUCAUUUGCAGUUGUGUAAUGAAAUGGGCAUCUGCAUCUACAAUGAAUUACAUGGGAGGUAAAAAAGCAGUCUAGUGACGACAUUUCCACCAAUGAUGGGACAUGCCUAUACCAUAUCGGUUCUGUAUUCUGCUUUGGAAUGGAAUGGUUGAACUGCAAGGCUGUACAGUACUUAGAUCACAACUAUUUGAUACUUUUGUGAAGCCUUUUCAUUUUUCUUGCAGGGAUACCAAAGGCAGACAACUGCAGCUAUGGUAAGAGAAGAGAUUGUUUUGUCGUGCGAUGCAUUCAACGAACUGGUCUCUCUAGUUCAGUUCCAUUCUUACAGCACACCAUUAAUUGUUCUAGGCCAAGGGUGCUAAUAUAUAUAUAUAUAUAUUUGCCCAAGAGACACGUUCCUCCUUGGUUGCUGUAGUCCAUUUUUGGGAGAAGAAAAGGCUUAAGAAGUGAACCCUACGUAAAUCCAGAGUGGAGCACCUAAGACAGUUGGAUGGCGUCUUCUAUGCCACCUUCCAGCAAACCCUUCAGCCAAGCUGGUGCCAAAUGUAUUGCUUGCUGAUGUGGUUUAGAAGCUGGUCUUGUUGUCAGAGUAGCCCAAGACCUCCCUACACACUGCCCAAGCUUGCACCCCAGAGAGGUCGCUUCGCUGCUGCUGGCGCAGUAGAAACAACACGGGAGGCAGCAAUUACAGGUUACUGGUCUCUGCAACCACAGCAGGCACUGUGAUUCUAUUUUAGUUUUAACUAUUUGUCUUUUUAUGUGAACCUCCCUGAGAUCUUUGGGUAAGGGUGGUAUGUAAAUCUUAAUUCAGUCGUACCUUGGUUUUCGAACAGCUUAGUUCUCAAACGUUUUGGCUCCCGAAUGCCGCAAACUCAGAAGUGAGUGUUCCAGUUUGCGAAUGUUCUUUAGAACCCAAACAUCUGAUGUGGCUUCUGCAGCUUCUGAUUGGCUGCAGAAGCUUCCUGCAGCCAAUCAGAAGCCACACCUUGGUUUUCGAACAUUUUCAGAAGUCGAGCAGACUUCUGGAACAGAUUCCGUCUGAGAACCAAGGUACAACCGUAAUAAUAAAUGCAGAGCUCUUUAAGCCACAAACAUGGACCAUGUCCCAGGUUUUGUCAAUGCUUUUGGUAAGAUUCUUCUUCUUCUUCUUCUUCUUCUUCUUCUUCUUCUUCUUCUUUUAAAGCUUCAAUAUAUUAGGACUAGGUUGCCUAAAGGUAAAGGUAAAGGGACCCCUGACUGGUCCAGUCGUGGCCGACUCUGGGGUUGUGGCGCUCAUCUCGCUUUAUUGGCCGAGAGAGCUGGCAUACAGCUUCCGGGUCAUGUGGCCAGCAUGACCAAGCCGCUUCUGGCGAACCAGAGCAGCGCACGGAAAUGCCGUUUACCUUCCCACCAGAGCGGUACCUAUUUAUCUACUUGCACUGUGACGUGCUUUUGAACUGCUAGGUUGGCAGGAGCAGGGACCGAGCAACGGGAGCUCACCCCGUCGUGGGGAUUUGAAUUGCCCACCUUCUGAUCGGCAAGUCCUAGGCUCUGUGGUUUAACCCACAGCGCCACCCGCAUCCCUUGGUGAGCUACUUCUCUUUCUCUUCUCUUUCUGUCUCCUCUUGUGUCCGCAGGGCAAGAAGCACCGAGCUUCCUCUGGACUCCACAAGCACUGUGAGAAGUGUUUCAACCGGCACUGCCAGGCUCCAGUCGAGCCCACGGUCUCUUGCGUGGUGAUCAGCUGCCGGUCUCACUGUGGUGCUGCUUUCCAUAUGUGUAAAGAGGAUGAGCACCAACUCCUGUGUCCACUAGAGCAAGUCUCAUGCCUCAACUCUGUUUAUGGCUGCCCUUUCACCAUGGCCCGCUUCAAAGUAGCCAAACACCUCAGAGUCUGCCCCGCCAGUAUCGUCUCCUGUUCGAUGGAUUGGAAUCGUUGGCCAAAUGUGGAUUCUGAGGCCGUUCUGCACCAGAACAUUAUGAAAGAGGAGCCCGGUGAAGCUUGCUUAGAUGCGGCCCUCGCCUUGAGAGAUCAGAAAGCUCUUUUUAAGACACUCAGAAUGGCCGAGUUUUUCCCAGAAUGCACGGAGGCCUGUCCCAUAGAUGACGAAGGAACUGAUGGUGCCGAGUCCUACCUAGGAGAAGGAGCUGGUCAGUCUGAAGCAACUAUGGCUGAGGCAGCCGGGCUCAGCCAGGAAGAGCGUGAGAACCUUGCAAAGGACAAAGAAGGGGUCGAUUUAGUCGGUUACAAAACCUGGGAAAACAUCUUCAGUAAAGAAUUCAAGGCGUGCACAGUAACAGGCCAACUGGCCGAAAACAAGGAAAGUGGAACGGACAGUAAGCCCCUGAAAACAGGACCAACUUCUAGUGGCAAUGAGAAAGGAAAGCCACCAGAAGAAGGUAGCAGUGUGGGAGACAGUGGAAAAAACCAAGCCCCUCCUGAAGUGAAUUUAGCAGCUGAAAAGACAGGUUUGGCUCCUUGGCAAGAUGGAGUUUUGGAGAGGUUAAAAAAAGAGGUUCCUAUAGGGGAUUAUAAUAUGUAUCUGGUGCACCAUGGAAGGAUGCUAAUUCAUUUUGGUCAGAUGGCUGCUUGCACUCCCAGGGAGAAAGACUUUGUAUAUGGAAACCUGGAGGUUCAGGAAGUGAAGACUGUGACCACCUUCAGAGUGCCAGUCAGCUAUUGUGGCAAAAGAGCUCGCCUUGGGGACGUCGUGGCGCACAGGAAGCCAACUAAGAGCGUAUCUGUGGAUACUUCAGAGUUAGGAGUAAGCCUGGAGGAGCUUCCUAAAUCCGAUGCAAUCAAAACUACACUGCUGUGUGCCUUGGAGAAGGAACUGAAAGGCCACGAGAUCUCUGAAUCAAAGAGCAUCGAUGCUCUCUUCAUAGAUUUUGGGACGCAAACGUACAACUUUGCUACGGAGCCUUUUGCUUCCGCGGCCGUUCUAGCAGACACACUAGAUGCCGAAGACCCGCCAAGUCUCCACAUGCAGCUCAGCAGCGAGAGCGUAACCCAAAGGCACAACAAAAGCAACUCUGCUUUCACGUUCUCCUGCAGCCACGUUUUCAGGAGAGACGAGUUUCCUUCGCAUUUCAAGAAUGUCCACGCCGACAUCCAGUCCUGCUUGAAUGGAUGGUUCCAGCGCCGUUGCCCACUCGCCUACCUGGGCUGCACUUUUGUUCAGUAUCCCUGGCGCCCGGCUGGGCAAAGCUCAAGGGUCAUCUACAGCCAGCGCCUCAAGACAUUUGCCCUUAAGCCAGAGGUUGACCCCGUGCUCUCGGAAGCAAAGAAAUUUAACUUGAGCAGAAAUCGCAGGGGGAAAGAAAUGGAUGUUCUGAGCAGCCUCCCCUUGGAGAUCCUGAAGUACAUCGCUGAGUUUCUGGAUAGCUACAGCUUGUCUCAGUUGGCUCAGGUGUCGGUGCAGAUGAGGGACAUCUGUGCUACUCUGCUUCAAGAGAGAGGAAUGGUCCUUCUGUCGUGGGAAAAGAAGAGAUAUUCCCACGGGGGCACUUCUUGGAGAGUCCGCAAAAAGGCAAGUGAUGGGGGCAUUUGGGAGGGCAUGGUGGCAUCAUCCAAACAUUUACAUUGGUCUCUGGAUUUGGGGCUGUGAGCAUCACGGGUUUCUACUACUAUAUAAAAAAAAACAUUUUAGCAAUUUUUAGUUAGGCUUUGUUUACACUGGCUAAAGCACUGCCACAAGCAAGGGUUGCACGAUAUCAGGGUCUGUCCUGAUGUUUUAAAGUUUUAACCUUCACAGAAUCACAGACUUGUAGAGUUAGAAGGGACUACAAAGGUCAUCUGGUCCAACCCCCUGCUCAACAUGGGGCUCCAACCCAUGAUUCUGAGAUUAAGAGUUAGCUUUAUAUUGGAAUGUUCCCUGAAUAUGGAAAGCAAGCAUGUUCUUAGUUCUCCAAGAAAACUAAGCCUUGAUUCGAAGUAGGAGUCUGCCAAGCACAUUGUUCCAGCACUGCAGUGGAAAUAGUAUGGUCUAACAGAACCUCUGAUUUCUGUUGCUUCUGACUCUCUCUCCCCUUCCCACACACAGACAGCAGGGAGAAUUGUACCCUUAAUCAAAGUGGGAUGAUAAAUACAGUAUGAGUUUGAGUUUUAAAUGAAGGUGUCAAUUUAACAGGGACUCCGCAAACUAUAUCUAGGCCUAUAGCUAUAUCCAUACCUAUAUCCAAUAUAUAUAGGCCUAUACAGGUACCUCAGGUUACAGACGCUUCAGGUUACAGACACUUCAGGUUGCAGACUCCGCUAACCCAGAAAUAGUACCUCGGGUUAAGAACUUUGCUUCAGGAUGAGAACAGAAAUUGAGUGGCGGCAGUGGGAGGCCCCAUUAGCUAAAGUGGUGCUUCAGGUUAAGAACAGUUUCAGGCUAAGAACGGACCUCCAGAACAAAUUAAGUUCUUAACCUGAAGUACCACUGUAUUGAUAUCCAAAGGUAAGUGAAAAAGGCCAGUUGCUAAUAGGUUAGGAAGUUAAUAAAUUAAUUAGACCAAAUAAUUUAUUCUACAUAAAUUGAAUAAAUUGUUAAUGCACAUUCAUUCCUAAAGGAUAAUACUCCAUGCCGAAAGUUUGAAAAUGUUUGUUAGGAUCCAUAUCUUAACAAGGAGCAUUCAAUUAAUUUCCCCUCCUCCUCUCCCCUUUGGCUGCAUUAGAUAGAUAUUUAUAGCAAAGCGCUUGGGGGACAAAAGGGACUGGAGAGAAGGUCUAACAAGCCAGACCCACAGGAUCCUGGGCACCCCUGUGCCCUUGACUCAGCUGCUAAAAGCUGCCAGGUGCACAUGGAGUACAGACUGCUAGGCCAUGAACAGCACUUUUGCUGCCCGUUUGCCAUUUCUGCCACACUGCGUUGCUUCACCCCCUUCUCUCUUUCCAGGCCAAGUGGAAGAGAUGGAGCAGAGCAGCAGUUUUAAACAGGAGUGCCUGUUUGUUUUAAACAGGGGGGCAGCAAGGAGGAAGAGGUGGCAGCAGGAACAGGGCGGAAGGGUUGAAACAUCCCAGUGGUGCACUUGUGGGCAGGUGGUGGCAGUGAGUGAGUGGGCAAGUGGUGGACUGGCUGGUCCAGUAGGUUCAAUGAUGGGCUACAAGCCUGAAGCAUUUGGGCAAAAUCUGGAUGCCCUCUUAUGCAUGCACCUAGCUUCUUGGAAUGGGAAGAGUUGUUUGCAAGAUCUUGCACAAUUGCAAGACUGAUUUUUCAAUGCCUAAAUUCCUUGUUUAUGCCUCUUGAUAGAUCUGGAAAUUUAGCAGCCUGUUCUCCACAGUUAACAGCUGGCAAUUCAGUGACAUCCCUUCGAUGGCUGCACAUUUAAAGACCUGCCCUUUUUAUGAGGUGGAGAGCAAGGAGGACCCGGUUUUGCUGCCUAGACUGUUUUCACCUGAAGAACAGAAGCAAGACACUUUGGUCUCCACAGUCAAACACAGCCUAAAGAAACUUCAGAGAAGGCCGAAUUGAUUUUGAGAGAGAGAUUCUUUUGGAUCUGGAAGAACUGUAUCAGAACUUUAGCUGUUCUCUCUGAAAUGGAUUUCAUAUUCUUUAUUAGUAUGUCAACCGGGGGAAUAAACUUAGCUGUAUGCUUUCAGGAUAGAAUGAAACAGAGGGUGCAAUCCAGAAUCUUUCAAAUAAAUGGGAACUUUACUCCUGACUUCAACAGAGUGGUGAUUUUUAAAAGAACUCAAGAUAUUUUCAUUUCAACCAGCUUUUUAUUCAUUGUUGUGUCUUGCUGAAAUCUUACUGCUUGUUUUAAGGGGUAGAAGGUGGAUUUUAACCUAAUGGUUUUGAAUGCUCCCUUACAAGGGCAAAUGCCUUGAAAGAUGUCUUAAAAAUGUUUUAAUGAAUUAAUGAAAAAUAGAAUUGCACCCAAAGUCUUAAGGACUGUGACCAGCAGCAUGAAGAACAGUGAUGAAUAAUACCUAUAUAUAUCUGUCGCACUGCCUCCCCUGCCUUUCAAGGUGGCGUGAAGGAAGAAAAGUCCCGCUAUCCUUUGGUUCAAAACGUAUUGGGAAUGGAACCUUGAAUUAAAAACGAAGAGUAAGUAAAAUGAAAAGUUUAUUUAAAGUUUUCACGUUGUCAUUUCUUCAGUCACAUUUGUGGGUUCUGUUCCCUUACAAAGUUUAGAAUCUGAAAAGAUUUUUGGCAGGAGCCCUCAAAAUCCGUGUUCAAAUUAGUUCCUUAAAGGUCCACCACAGCAGGGUACAUAAGGAAUGGUCAGAGCAAGAGACCUGCCGUGGGGAAGGAAAGUGGGUUGCCUAUGAUUGCACGGAAGACCAGGUGAAGAGCUGCAGUUACAGCUAAGCCACCUGACUUUCUUCUUCCUGGUCCUAGGCAACAUGGGAAGCGCCACCUUAGUACCAGAGGUGUGGCAGGCGGCGUUUAGGCAACCGCUGAGCUCAGCACAGCCUGGGAAUGGAGAUGCAUCCUUAAAAAAGAAAUCAGUCCUUCACCUUCGGGGACAUGACAUUCAGACUUAGCAAUUCUGAGUCAAACAAGUAAGGUAAAGGGAUCCCUGACCAUCAGGUCCAGUCGUGGCCGACUCUGGGGUUGCGGCGCUCAUCUCGCUUUAUUGGCCGAGGGAGCCGGCGUACAGCUUCCGGGUCAUGUGGCCAGCAGGACUAAGCCGCUUCUGGUGAACCAGAGCAGCACACGGAAACGGUGUUUACCUUCCCGCCGGAGCGGUACCUAUUUAUCUACUUACACUUUGACGUGCUUUCAAACUGCUAGGUUGGCAGGAGCUGGGACCAAGCAACGGGGGCUCAUCCCGUCGCAGGGAUUCGAACAGCCGACCUUCUGAUCGGCAAGUCCUAGGCUCUGUGGUUUAACCCACAGCGCCACCCGUGUCAAGUAGUCUAUGUUAAUUUUUCCCAGCCAUGAUGGGCAAGGGUCAAAGGAGUAUGUGUUUUGCACACUCCCUGCAAGUGGUUUAACCACAUUCUCAGGCCACUAUAACUGAAAUGGAUUCCAUAAGUCAGGGGCGGCUGACCCAGAGGCCGUAUCCGGCCUCCUAAGCAAUUUCUAGUGGUGCAAGGCAUGCAACUUGAUUUCAUUUUUUUAAAGCAAGAAACUGACCAGCAGGUGGCACUGUUGAGCCAUACCAUCACGCCGGUGGGAGCCCCUAAUUUUCAUGUUUUCAGUUGAAUGGCAUGGCACAUCGACAGCAUUAAAAAGAAAUAUUCUCCUCAUGUCCCUGUCCUUAUUCUCCCCAUCCCCACUGACAAGUACUUAUUAAUUUGCAGAGUACCAUGUUCAACCAGAUACCCAGAUUCAGCCAGAUAAUUCUGCUCAUUAUUGCUAACCCUUCACAAGCAAUUUUGGCAGGUGUUUCCUAGCUUAGGCUUAUUGUGAUGUAAAUUCAUUUUGCGCUUUCCCCCACCCUCAACUCUCUUAUAAUGCAGUUUGAGUUAUACUGCCACAAGCAUGGAGGCUCUCUCUGUGUGAUAAUUUUGCAGAGAAUAGAUAUUUGGAUUGGUCGCCUCUCUGUGCCUCUCUCCCUCUCACCUCCUUCACUUGUAGUUUGAGCUACAGAGCGGUUUACUCUCAGGUUCAUUUUGCGCCAAAAACUGAAUAGGUGCACCUGUAUCUGAAAGCUCUCCCACAUCAUGCAUGCACACAGAUACAAAAUGUUUAGAAAGCUUUUUAAAACAACCUCCUUUUAAUUCUUUGUUUCUGUCUAAUAAAGCAGGAACUAUUCUAAGUGACUGUGCAUAUCUCCAGUGUGCGCUGUGGCAAAGCCCUCGGUCUUCUUCACAUCACCUGCUCUCGUCUGGCUUGAGAAGAGCAUCAGUCCCUGUCCCAGGUGACACACUCUCUCUUCCUUGACAAAUGCAUUGCUCGUGGGAAGGCCUGAAUGCCACAACUGCCACAGGAUAACAAACGGACUUGCAGCCAGCCUUCCCCUACCUAAUGUCCUCCAGAAAUUUUGGACUACAACUUCCAUUAGCUCCAGCCAGCUGCUGCAGCUCAAGACAUUUGUAGGUAGGCAGCGGUGGAGCAAGCCAGUUGGGUGUCUGGGGCGGCAUGCGUGCCCUGCGCCCAGGGGUGGGGACAGCCGCCUGCAGAGCGGGCGAGCCAGGGCAGGAUGCUCCGCAGGGCAUUCGAGGAGUCUGCCUGCCUCCUUCCACUCAGCUGCCCUACAGCUGAGGGGGAGGCAGCAGGCGGACUGUUUUGGGGCAGCGCGGAGCCUGCAGGCACCCAAGCCACCGCGUCACUGCCAGGAGAGAAGCAUAGCUUGGGCGUGCUGCAGGCCCCGUGGUGAGUGUCGCCCACCAUUUUGUCACCCCCCUCAGUGGUGACACCCGGGGUGACCCGCCCCCACCGCCCCCCUAGGUAGGGCAAGCAGGUUGGGAAAAUCUGAUGGAGAUCAAACCCCUUUAAGCUCAUAGGGUCAGCAGAUUAACACAAGAAGACAAAGCCACCAAUCAGCUAUGCCCUUUUGGGCUUUCCUGGUCAGCCACACAGGCUACCGUCACCUGGUUUAGCCGGCCAGUCAAAGCCUUUUCCUGGGUAACUAUCAAUUCUUCAUCUACUACUAAAGUUACAGUUCUGUGAACAGUUGUACGGGUCACCCAUUGAAGUCAGUUGGACAUGCUUAGAAUAAAAUGCGCACAAUAUCACGCCUCUUCCGUUACAGCAACUAAGAAAGGCUUCCUAACAUCCAGUUUCAUUUUCUCCUUCAUCUUUCCAUGGUGAACUGAAAUGAUGCCACUUCCUUUCUUGAUUAGUCUUCAGAAGCUACCAUUUCACAGAGUCUGCCUUCUGUACAUUAUGAAAAGGCACCUUUUUAGAACACGGUGUAGUCAGUGGCAAGAUCUCUCAAGUCAAUCCCAGCUACAGCAGCAUAGAGCUCAGGCACAACCAGCUCCGGAAUUUGCAGAACAGCCUGGUCAUUGCUGGUCUUGAUUCCCAUUUGCAGCCUCCUGAUCAGCUCAGUGGGGGAAGGGCGAUCUGCUGGAGUCCAGCGCCAGCAGGCCACCAUAAUGCUAUACCUGUCAAAGAAAGCGUAGUGGUUCAUCUCAUGGAUUUGACCUGUGCAUCUCUCUUUAUGCAUCUUGCAGAAUGAGGCGGCAGGGUGAGCAGACAGUUUCUGGUCUGUAACAUUUUGGAUUGUAAGUGGAGGGCUGCAUAUUUUAUAGCAGUCAUAGCUGGUGGCGCUGUGGUCUAAACCACUGAGCCUCUUGGGCUUGCCAAUCAGAAAGUCGGCGGUUCGAAUCCCUGCAAUGGGGUGAGCUUCCGUUGCUCUGUUCCAGCUCCUG